CGUUCUCACUACUUGCAGAGAUCCUGGCUUUUUUUUUUUGGCCUGAUUUUUUUUUUCUCCCUCACAACACUUACCCGCGCUGAGUUGAACAUAAGCGAAGCAUCUUGUCGAGCCGGACACCUUCUUGUGCUGGACAUCGUCUGUCAUCGAGAGCGUUGCUGCUGAAGUCCCGAGCGUGCGACGGUCCAGCGUGUGUCAUCUCGCAAUCCCGAGCAAUUCAAGCCCGCCUGGCAAUGGCCUCCUCAAAAGAGAUGCAGCCUUCUACGAGGCCAUUGACGCACCAGCGUUCUCCCAUGUCGAGCUCCGCAUCCUCGGCCCUGACCGGUCGCCAAUCCCACGCCCGAACCAACUCGCACUCGCACUCCCUCCUCGCCGGUGCUCUCAAUCCCACACACCGAAUCACCCGCCGAAAGUCCGUCACCACUCCCGGCGCCAAUGUCGCUGCUCUCGCGGCGGCCAUUCGAGAGAGCGAGCAGAGCGGUGCCAUUCCGAUUGCAAGCGGGGGAAGGCGGAACACCAACACCAUAUCCAAGCAAUCUGCUGUCCGGGCCGGCCUCAUGGACGGCCUGCCCUCACCACCGGCCAGCCUGCCCAACAAGUCGCUGCUGGAAGCCAAGCGAGAAGUCCAGGACAGCGCCAUCGACGACGAUUCGAACGAGCUUUCGGCCGACGAAGCGGCGGCCCACCUUGACCAGGCCCGUAUAAGGCGAGCCAGCGACGGACAGCCUCUGACCAAGGAUGGCAAGAAGAGCAGCCGAGUAGAGGUCCGCUGCGAGACGUGCGGCAAGGGCUACAAGCACAGCAGCUGUCUGACGAAGCAUCUAUGGGAGCACACUCCUGAGUGGUCCUUCACCUCCAAGUUGCUCAUCUCCAAGCACCAGCAAGUACAGCUGCUGGAGGCGGCGUCUGUCCUGGUGGCCAUGAACGGCAACCCCAAGGAGAGAUCAGUCACUCCUCCAGACUCUGCCAGGGACUUUGCGAGCGAGCCAGAAACGGCAUCGUCGCCCACCGCCUCUGGUUACUCAGAGCAGGCAGAUGGUCAGAGUUCCGCUGACACUACCCCACCUCCGAUUGCCGAGGAGGGAGUUACAUUCGAUACCUCUGCAUACCGCGACAAGCGCUAUAGCAUGGGCAGCGUAUUUUCUCGAAGCUUUCAAUCCCCGCAGCCGUCGAACCCUCUGCUCUUUGGCAGUAUUCCCAAUGUGCACGGUUUCGACCAUGGCCGCAGCGGUAGCAUCGAUGUGCGCCCAUCGUCCUCUGGGAUCAACGCCAAUGCCGAGGACGACCACGACUUGGCCGCGGCUGUCGAGUUGUUGAGCUGCAGCUUUGGAAGCAACAGUGGUUCACGCCCCGCCGUAACAACACAUGCCGAGGACGCACCGCCGGUACCACCCGUCCCCGCUCAGUUCCUAGAUCAAGCCGCAUCCUUUGCCAGCGCCGGCUUCAUCAACAGCUACCCCAGCAGGCAACCCGAAAGCUUCACUCGCGGCGAGAUGCGCCGCGGAAGCCAGGAUGUCAAGAUGGAGGAUAGCGAAGACGAUUUUGACAUGCGAUCCCGUGCUCGCAGCGACGAAGAUGACGACGGAGUUUUUGGUCGUAUGGAGGAGUAAAUGUAUUGGGUAUGGGACGGAGCAACUUCUCUUGGGAACUCGAAUCGUAACGCUAUUCUUUGUUUUGUUUUUUUUAUAAUGUGGCCCCUGGAGUCGGAUUGCUCUGGAAAUGAAUUAUGGAUAUCACCAAUUGGGAAGGGAAAUCGGCGCGGUGUCUCUUUUGUACAACGAUAUACUCGAAGGAACUGUAUUGGGGGUGGUUCUGCUCCGCUGUCGAAUCUUCAGCACCGAAGAGUGGAGGGCCUGUCCAGACUGUUCAUGGUCUGGGAUGAGAUUGCUUCUCCACGAGGUUAAAGUGAGGGUUUGACGAGGCGUCGAGCGUACGCCCGAAUAAAUUCUGAAUAAAGCAUUGAACUUGAAAGAAGAAAAAAAACAAACAUUUCAC